ACACGUCAUUUGAAAUAACAAAAUUUGUGCUUGUACGGCUUAUCCAAAAAGAGCAGGAGUCCCGGUUUAUCAAUGGCGAUUCUCAAUCUCUGUUUGUGUUCCAAAUUCUCAACAAAUCCAAACCCCAAAACUAUUUCCUUCAACAAUUCAGCAUCUCCAUCAAAACCCAUAAUAUCUUCUCUCUCCCUCUCCAGCCCUCGUGCUCCGCAGGGCCCUCAAAUUCAAAAUCAUUUGUCUUCUUUGUGUGAAUCAAUCUCUAAAGCGAGUGUUCUUGUUGUUCUUUCUGCUUCAAUUGUCUUUGCUUCAAAUCCUGCUCUUGCAUUUAAGGGUGGAGGGCCAUACGGUGCAGAAGUGACCAGGGGACAAGAUCUUACAGGUAAAGAUUUUAGUGGCAAAGCUUUGAUCAAGCAAGAUUUCAAAACGUCAAUACUGAGGCAAGCCAAUUUCAAAGGGGCUAAGUUAUUAGGAGCCAGCUUCUUUGAUGCUGAUUUAACAGGGGCAGAUCUUUCUGACGCUGAUCUUAGAGGAGCAGAUUUCUCCCUGGCCAAUGUAACAAAGGCAAAUUUGAGCAAUGCCAACCUGGAAGGAGCACUUGCAACUGGCAACACAUCUUUUAAGGGUGCAAUUAUAACGGGUGCAGGCACAAAGGGAUUUGCAAUCUCCUCACCCAGCAAAACUAGUGCCCUGUAAAUGAAAGAUCACAUUCAAUACAUACAUUUUUGAAUAAUGCUGCUUGUACAUAAUGAAGUUAAAUAAUGGUUACAUACACACGAGGCAUCAGAAUGAGAGGGGAAUUUUUAUUUUAUUUUUUAAUUAUUUGGUUGAAGAAACGCUUACCCAAUCAUAUGUCGUCACAUCAUGUGUAUGUAAAUCAUUAUGUACAUGUAGCACAACCGACAUUUUUUCCUGAAAGUUUCUAUAUAAAAGAAUCUUGUUUGGUA